AUGUUACGCUCAAAGACCGAAAAGAGAAACACAUCAGACAUCGAGCGCACGGCGCGGGAGUGCGCUGCGUGCCGCGCGGUCCGGCCCGCGCCGCUGCUCUCGUGGCCCUGGCCGGCCGAGCCGUGGUCGCGUCUCAACGUCGAUUACUUAGGACCGUUCAAUAACAAGCACACGCUCACCGCUCCGUACCAUCCCGCAAGCAACGGCGCGGCCGAGAAUGCCGUGCGGUCGGUAAAAAGAGCAUUAAAAACGGCUAUCGUCGAUAACGUAGACGAUGAUACCGCAUUGAGUAGAUUCCUAUUCACGUAUAGGAACACGGUGCACAGCACGACUGGUCGCGAGUCGGCCGUGGCACUGCUGGGGCGGCGGCUGCACGGGCGUCUCGACCUGCUGCGCCCCGACACGGAGGAGCUGGUCCGGGACCGGCAGCUCGUCAGUGAGCGGCGCCGCGACGCCCGUCCGCGGGGUGUCGCGGCCGGGGACGCCGUCCUGUUUAGAGAUUACUCCCGCCGAAACCGGAAAUGGUCCGAGGGCGUCGUACUCGACCGCGAGAGCCCGGUGUCGUAUGCGGUCAAAGCGGACGACGGUCAGGUGCAUAAGAGGCACAUCGACCGUUUAGUGGCUAAUAAAAGAUGUCCGUCGCGUUUUUCUUUGGCGAAAAUUAAAGCACCCGAUGUGCCAGAAGUGAAAGUCGAGGGGGAGGAUAGUGGAGAUGAAUACGAGGAGGCGUCCGCGUCCGGUGUCCGGUCCCCGCCCGUGUCCAAAUUGGCGAGGAACGACCUAGAUGAGGUCCUGUCACCUCCGGGAGAAUCUGAGGGUCGCACCCGACGGCAGGCGGCUUUGUAA